AUGCCAAUCUCUGCAAUCAAGGAUGAUGGUUAUCCACAGUAUACACAGUAUGAAGAUCAUUCACAAGAAGAUCCUCGUCACAAGAUUGAAGAUGAUUUCGAAGAGCCGCCGGAUCAAGAAGGAGACCCUGUUGAGUUCGAUAAAUAUGUCUCUGCAAAGGUAUCUUUUAAUGCAGAUGGAAUCGAAACUUUUGGAGUUGUUCAAGGUCGGAAGCGUGACUCAUCUGGAAAAUUGAUUGGUCAUUACCACAAGAAUCCACACCUUGACACAUCUAUCUAUCAAGUGGAGUUCGAGGAUGGGAAGGUGGAAAGCUUCUAUGCAAAUCAGAUUAUUGAAGGGAUAAUGAUGAAUGUCGAUGAUGAAGGUAACACGAUGUACCGGAUUCGCAAAUUUAUUGAUAAUCAACGUGAUGGACGAGCAGUUAAAGGGGAUGACGGAUGGUAUACUACCAAGCCCGGAAUCUGA